CCAAUACCCAUGGCCUCCUCCAACAGCACCACCCCUGCAGUCGGUGAAACAACCCCCAAUUCCGCUGCCACUUUCCUCACUCCAACCAAUCGAGGCCCUAUCUCUUUCAACGCUGGUGCUUUCCCUCUCAAGCUCACCCCAAACAACUACCCAUCCUGGCGAUAUCAAUUCACCAAUUUGCUUGCUGGAUAUGAACUUCUUGGAUUCAUUGAUGGCACAUAUCCUUGCCCAGUGGCCACUGACCCACUUUACCGUCCUUGGGCUCGACAGGACCAGCUCCUUCGUCAUGCUCUCAUUACCUCUAAACUCUAUGCCAACCGUUCCCGCACUCGAGUCAUCACCCUCAAGGAACGGCUGCAAAAUUUGCGCCGAGAUGGUCGUCCUGUCUCUGACUAUCUCCGCUCCAUCAAAGCUAUUGCUAAUGAACUAGGAACUGUUGAUCGCCCCCUCACAGAUGAUGAUCUCACUGUCUACAUCCUGAAUGGAUUGGGUCCUGAGUUUCGUGAAAUUGCAGCCUCCCUUCGUACUCGUGACUCCUCUUUGUCUUUUGAUGAUCUCCAUGAUCAGCUGGUGGCCCAUGAAGAGAGCCUAAAACGAGAUGAACCCAAACUUGACUCCGCUCCGGUGAGUGCCAUGUUUGCUGCUUUUCCUAACUCACAAACUGUUGCAGGCUCCUCUUCCUCCUCUUCAUCUGCUGGUCUUCUUCCCACGCCACUUGGUGGCCCUCUUGCUAGCAUGGCUACAUCCUCUGUUGGGUCCCCUGAUACUUGGCUUUUGGAUUCUGGAGCAUCUCACCAUGUCACUACUGACCUGGCCAACCUUGCAUUACACUCUGAAUAUCAUGGACCAGACGAACUCCAAAUAGGUGAUGGAACAGUCACGUCCCAUGGUGUCCUUCACGAGCCCGUGCCAUCGUCAGAACCUGCUCAUGCAUCCCAGGUACGUCCCGUUCCCUUAUCCUCACCAAUCUCAUCACCUAGUCCUCGUACCCUUCCCCCUCCCACACUCCCUGGCUCACCUUCCUUGUGUCCCUCCUCUUCCUCAACCCUCUCUAACUCAUCUAGCCCAUCCACCUCAUCCGGUUCUCCCAACCUUCCCUUCGCCCCAACCCACCCUCUUCGAACACACCCUAUGGUUACCCGAGCCCAAAACAACAUUUUCAAACCCAAGCAGCUCUUCCACACCACUCCUACCCCUGCUACCACCUCCUUGGAGCCCACCUGUGUAUCCCAAGCCUUGAAAGAACCUGUUUGGAGACAGGCCAUGUCGGAAGAGUUUACUGCAUUGGUUAGGCAAGGUACUUGGGAACUGGUGCCCCCAACUCCUGAUCAGCAUCUUAUUGGUUGUAAAUGGGUCUUUCGUGUUAAACGAGGCAAAGAUGGCAGUAUUGAGCGCUAUAAGGCGCGUCUUGUGGCCAAAGGUUUUCAUCAACGGCCUGGUUUUGAUUAUUUUAACACUUUCAGUCCAGUUAUUAAACCAACAACUAUUCGGACUAUUCUAUCUCUUGCUGACUCUACUCGGCUUUACUUCCUUGUGUAUGUUGAUGAUAUUCUUCUCACAGGGAAUGACUCCGGUCUCCUUCGUUCUCUAGUGCACAAAAUGGGGCAAUGCUUUUCUCUCAAAGAUCUUGGCCCUCUCACCUUCUUUUUGGGCAUUGAGGUUAUUCAGACACAUGCUGGGUUAUUGCUCUCUCAACACAAGUAUAUUCUUGAUAUUCUGUGUCGAGCUAACAUGGAUGCUGCGAAGCCCGUCUCCACGCCACUUCCUUCCAGUGCAAAUUUGAGUUCUUCAGCAGGUUCAGCUCUUUCAAAUGGCUCUGAGUAUCGACGUAUCUUGGGUUCUCUUCAGUAUCUUACUCUUACUCGGCCGGAUAUUUCCUUUGCUCCAUCUCUGUCACUCCAUGCCUAUUCUGAUUCCGACUGGGCCGGUGAUCGGGACUCCUCCAUCUCCACCACUGGUUAUGUUGUUUUUUUGGGUUCUAAUCCAAUCUCGUGGCGGGCUGCUAAACAGCGGGCGGUUGCUCGUAGUUCCACUAAAGCGGAAUAUCGUGCUCUAGCUGCCACUGCUUCUGAGUUGAUUUGGGUUCGCAAUCUCCUCUCUGAAUUGGGUGUCUCUGUUCCUCGCUCCCCUGCCAUCUUCUGUGACAAUGUCAGUGCCACCUAUUUGAGUGUGAAUCCUGUUCUUCACUCUCGCAUGAAGCACAUUGCUAUCGAUCUUCACUUUGUUCGGGAUCUUGUGGAUCGCGGCUUCCUGCAUGUAUCUCACAUCUCUACCCGUGAUCAGCUCGCAGAUGGUCUUACUAAGCCCCUUUCCUCUGCUCGGUUUUGCUUGUUACGCUCCAAGCUCGGCAUCGCUGAUAGCUCUUUCGUCUUGCGGGGGCGAUAUCAGAUCAAUCCCUCCAGCUCGCAGAAGGAAACCAAAUCUCAUCAGAUCAAUCAUUCCACCUCGCAACAGAAGGAAACCAAAUCUCCAUAAUAUAUUAUAUGUAUAUUGUAUUUAAUUGUAGCUUCCUUAUUUCCUAGGUUAGACAAUUCCUGAACUGUAUAUAUAUUGCUCUGUAUUUGCUUAAUAAAAUAUAACAGCUUAA